AUGGCUUCCCCUCAAGCUGGUGACCCGAACGCCAACUUUGCCCCUUCUGCUUCGCCGUCAGCGGUACCUGCCUCUUCAGUCAGCCCGGCAUUAAGCAUCUCGGCUUCCACGCAAGUCCGUCUCCCCCCAUUCUGGGCCCAUGAUCCCCUCCUCUGGUUUGUCCAGGUGGACAAUUUCUUCCACAUGCGACAUAUUACAUCAGAAACCACGAAGUACCAGAACCUGGUUGAAAGUCUUCCCCCGUCCGCUGCCGCUGAGGUUCGGGACAUUCUCCUCGCGCUGGCGGCAGACAAACCCUAUUCAGUCCUCCGGGACGCUCUGGUUAAACGGCUCAUGUCAUCCCAGGAGCACCGUUUGCAGCAAGUGCUUUCAUCUGAAGAGCUCGGUGAUCGUCGCCCCACUCAAUUUCUCCGCCAUCUGCAGUUCAUUCUUGGCGACAAGGCAUCAUCUAUUGACCCUGCUAUCCUCAAGGAACUUUUCCUCCAGAGACUCCCUCCCAAUGUACGCGUGUCACUAGCAGCAUCGGGCGCCCUGCCCCUCUCAGAGCUAGCAGAACUCGCCGACCGCGUCCUGCACAAUGCCCCUCCCACCGUCGCCGCGAUGCCCUGCAAUACGCAAUCUGAUGAUUCCGAGCUCGGCCAGCUGGGCCAGGAAGUUGCGCGCCUCACCGAACUUGUCUCACACCUGUCGCAGCAGCGCUUCCCGAACCGCGGGGCAAGCCCCUCACGGCGCACACCUUCGCCGGCGCGUCGCUUGCAGUCCCCCACGCGCUCCUGCCGCACUUCACCACCGGCCUCCACCUACUGUUGGUACCAUCACACAUUCCGCAACCGCGCUCGUCGCUGCCAGCAGCCCUGUACUUGGCCGUCGGGAAACGGCCUGGGCGAUCAUUAA